CCGUCUUUUCAUUUUAGUUUUACUGUCUGAAGAUUGAACGACCAGGCAGGAGUAUGCGAGUCGACAGGGCAGAUCAUACUCGACAGCGACACGUGGGGACUGUACAGUCAAACAUGUACAUCGGUAGCAGAAGAACACACUUUGUGGCUUUCCUAGCAAACGUCACUCGUCAGCAUCGCAGUCGUGUCAUUUAGACGCUGUCCACUUGCUUGCACAUCAGCACAGCGGUCCAUUCAGAAGAACGCUUUCCCACGGGCCAUCGGGCCAUAGUGAUAUCAGUCAUAGUCCGGGAGGAGCACCGGUAGUUUUCGAUCGGGGAGCAAUGGCUGCUGCCGUGGGUAAAGAGAUGGCCAGGACUGUCCAAGUUCGUGUUGCUGGAAGCACGCUAUUGAUAAACCCAGCAGAAAGGUGGUCGAAAACAAUUCAGUAUUUACGAACGGGAUUGAACCAAGACGAUGCCGAGUUUGUCUACAGUACCACAGACUCACAGUACACCAUGAUCACUUCGGAUAGUGUGUGGAAGCGUGCUUUGGAAACCACCAUGCAGACAGGAGAAACGCAAUUUCUGAACUUGAUGCUGGCCGCAGACAUCAGCAGAGAAGAGCAGGCAUCAUCAGCGGUUGGUGAUGGCUCAGCUGCAUCUCCAGUAAGUGGCUGUGUUAGCAAUUCUGCUGCCGGCUGCUGUGCGGCGGCUGAUGACUUCAAGCAAUGCUGUCAUCCCAUCGCCGGGGAAUUCAGCAAGCCGAACGACGCACGUGACCUGCCGGGUAGUGAUGACUGGAGUGCACUGGAAACGCCUGUGCUGACCGGCGACGAGUGCUACAAGUGUGAGAAAAUGUUCAGUACGGAGAGUCCGGUCGGCGAUUCUGUGCCGCCAAAGGUUGUCAACCCAACCCUUCCACAGUUCAAGUACUCUGGUGAAGCCCUCAGGGCAUGUCAACUGCCACUGGGUCCAGUUGGCGGUGGAGUGAUUGCUGUGGCUGGAGAUGGAGGAUUGCGGCAGUGGCAAAUGGUAAACGAGGUUAAUCACGUCGGCCACGUUCCAGACUCAUUCUGGGCUAUCAAGACUGAAGUCGGCGGCAAGACGCAGUGUAAAGUCCUGCAGUCCGAUGCACUCUACGACAACAGCAAGUUUGUUCCCUGCUAUGAAGUCACCGAUCACAUCGUGCCACCUGGCUCCAUUGAGCUGCUGAAAGCGCUGCCCGGCAUUCCGGAAGUGGAGAUAACAGCCAAGUAUCCGGUUGUCGAAGUUGACUAUCCCAACAGUGGACUGCCAGUGGAUAUUCACAUGACUGCAUGGAGCCCGUGCAUUCCCAUGGAUGCGAAGAGAAGUGGAAUACCCAUCAUUGUCUUUGACUUUGACAUCACGAACAACAGCCAAGAGGAUGCUCAGGUCACCUUGAUGAACGCACAGCAAAACAUGGUCGGUUGGGAUGGACAAAGCCCCAUCACAAGGGGAGUAUACAACCAGAACUACGGCGGCAACUCCAAUGCACUGGUCCAGCUGAAUGACAACUUGACUGCCAUUGACAUGUUCAAUACUGGCUUGUCGGACCCGGUCAAUGAGCAUUAUGACAGCCAUGAUGGCCACUUUGCAAACUGUGUUGCAUCAGGUGACGGUGAUGUAGUGUCAUCGCUGCUGCAGUUCUUCUCCGUGGAGGCUAUGUGGGCCAUGUUCACCAGCCAGGAUGGACUUAAGAACAAUGGACUGUAUGGUCCGUCACCGCCUGGCCGUACGUGGGAUUCUGCCUUAGCAUUGACUCGCGUUGUACCAGCCCAGUCUACUUCGACUAUCACCUUCUUUCUGGCAUGGCACUUUCCAUACCGUGUCACAAACUGGGCCCAUGGCGCCGGUGCCAAGAAGGGCCAACCUGGUUAUCUUGGCAACUACUAUGCUACUCUUUAUCCCGACAUCAAGACUGUGCUGAAGUUCACCCACGACCAGUAUGAUGAGCUGCGAUCACUGACCAUGGCGUUCAGAGACUGUAUGUUUGACAGCACAUUGCCAUGGCAACUCAUUGACAGUGCAGCUGGGCGUGUGUCACCGCUAAGAUCCCCAACUUGCAUGUGGCUUGGCGAUGGUCGCUUGUACGCGUUUGAAGGAUGCAGGGAAACCAGCGGUUGCUGUCCUAUGAACUGCACACAUGUGUGGAACUAUGAGCAGUCGCUGGCCAGUCUUUGGCCAAGUUUGGAGCAGACCAUGAGGGAUGUCGACCUCGGCGAAGGUCAACAAGUUACACCGGAGGGACGUCUAGUGACGAGAAUCGUUGUCCCGCUGAUGUUCCGGCCCACGUGGAUGUCUUUUAAGAACUACCAGACCAAAUCCAGUCAGACGGUAUGCGUUGAUGGCGAGCUAGGCGGUGUACUCAAGUUGUACCGCGAGUAUCGCAUGGGAGCGGGUCUCACCUUCUUCAAGAAGAUGUGGCCCAAAGCAAAGCUGAUCAUGAACAGAUGGUUGACCAUAAACGAUCUGGGCGAUGGUACAAUGAGUGCUGCCCAGCCGAGCACGUACGACCGAGCCUUGUACGGUGUCAACACCUUCAUCGGUUCUAUGUACUUGUGCGCACUAAAGGCAUCUGAGCAAAUGGCACUGCUGGAUGAUGAUGCGGAGUUGGCUAAGACGUUUGCUGACCGCUAUGCACUUGGGCGACAGUCUCUUGACAAGAAGUGCUUUGUGAACAAACAGUGGUACACGCAACAAGUGGAUCAUAGAAAGCCGCUUGAAAUACUCGGAGAUGCCACCUUUGUGGACUGUCUCCUCGGUCAAUGGUGGGGCUACAUCCUUGAGCUUGGUGACAUUCUUCCUUUGGAUCACUGCAAGAGCACUGUCACUAACAUCUUUGCACACAACCACCAGGAUUCGUUCAUUCCUAAGGAACAGUCACCGCGCCCGUUCAUGGACCAGCGAGACGCUGGCAUGUACAUUGGUUGCUGGCCUGACGGCAAAGUGCCUAAGAACAGCCUGAGAUACCUGAGAGAGGUUGCGUGGACUGGGCUAUCGCACUACUUUGCUGGUCUGUGCAUAUACCUGGGUCAGAAUGACAUUGCCAUGCAAGUCUUAAAGGAUGCUCGUUACUGCUACGAUGGUACCCGCCGUAGUCCGUGGAAUGAGAUCGAGUGUGGUGACCACUACUCACGGCCAAUGUGCGGUUUCCAGCUCUUUGCUACGGCGUCGGGCAUUACCUGGCAGCCCCAGCCAGACAUGGGCCAUCUGCGGGUAGGAUUCAAACCGCUCAUUGGGCCCAAUACUUACCGCGGUUUCUACAGCCUGCCCAAUGCUUGGGGACAGUACUCUCAAACUGCCGCUGACGACUUUACGAGCGGAACUGCCCAGAUCACUAUUGCCUAUGGAACACUAGGCAUUGUCGAGCUAUGGCUACCCUUCCAGAACGCUGACAUGGAGAAGAUCAGUGUAUCACUUGGCUCAGCCAACGUACCUGUGAAGAGCGCUGUGUUGAACAAGGAAGGCUAUGUGCAGCUGAUCUUCACUAGUCUGGUGGCCAUGAACCAAACCAAUUCACCGUUGAAGGUUACCGUGGCAACCUCAGAGUGAGCGAAUGGUACUGAGGCGAGUGAUAGGGAAUGUAGCAGUCAGUUAUGAUAUCAUUAAUUUUGUAUUGUUGCUCCAUUUUAGGACAUUCAUCCUUCCACUCUUCAAAUGUGUCUUCUUCAUGCACCAGCUAGUGUGGUUUUAAGUUUAGGCAAAUCGCCUCUGCAUCGUUCCCAGUAAUGAUGGCAAUGUAGAUCAGUAGCUCAUUAGUUGUGUAAGCUUGGUUAGAAAGCAGACGCGCAUGCUAGCACUAGGUUUUUAUUUUUGGGUAUCUAUUCUCUUCUUCAACUGUCACUCCCCUCUCGGAAUACUACUCAAGUCACCAAACUGCCACGUUUAUUGAAUGUGCACUGACUAUGCUGUUAUUCAAAUUGCUAAGUCCCAAUGACUCUCCCUGCCACCCGUAAAAAUUCCAUUUCGCCGGGCCUCACUAAUAUAUUUCAAACAAAUGGUAUACCCGUGUAUCAUGAAGUUCUAUACUCGAUUUAAAGAUAUGAUAGGUAUCUCUCCUCAUGCCCCCUACCCCUAGCCUAAACCAACCUGGCUCCUCGCCAUUAUGUUGAUAUUUUACUCGAGCACAUUGGUAUUUAUGAGCUUUUUGACUGAUAAAGCAAACUUUUAGCACUUCAUGCCCGCCACCUCUUUUCGUUUCUUUUCCUUUCUGCAUCACCGUAAUCUUCUAUAUUCACUGUAGAGUUAGAGUUUAAUUUAGAGUGAGUUUACAUUUCUUAGGUUCGAGUAGCUUGCUGAAAUGUUUAUCCACAUGUACCGGUACGUCUAUAUUUUAUUGGUUUAAUUUGCUCUCAAGAUUAAUGAGCUUUCCGGUAAAAAUUGUUGAUGGGAUCUUCAUUUGAUCCGUCCAUUCACUAUAACAAGUAAGAAAGGGAGCUUAUUUACUCUUGA